GGGUCCCAGACACUCCCUGAAAUCCUCUGCUGCUGCUGCUGCUGCUGCUAGAAGUACAGCAAAACAUCAGAAGAGCAAGUCAAGAUGCAGCUGUGAGUCGCUAGAUGCUCUGUCCCACUGGGCUGAGGAAAACUGCCUCUUUGCCAUCGGAAGCAUCUAUAGAAGUGGAGAAGAGAAGCUCCAAGGCAAAAUCUGAGUGUCAUGUCCAACUCAAGCAAGUCAACGCUGCUCACCAUGAAUGUUGGACCAGAAUGUUAUGACACACACAAUGGAUCGGGGAAUAUUUAUGAUCUCAGCUUUCCCCGUCAUUAUUAUUUAGAAAAAAAUAUUACCUGGAUCCUCAUGUUAGUUAUCUGUCUUUUUGGUGUGCUGGGGAAUGGAACUAUGAUCUGGCUACUUGGCUUCCACAUUAAAAGAACGCCUUUCACCACCUACAUCCUGAACCUGGCUGCUGCCGAUUUUGGGGUCCUCAUAUCUGGAGCUGUGUUCUUCUUGUUCCUCAUUUUUCAAAAGCCCUUGUUUCCUUUUCCCCUUGCCUAUUUUCUCCUCCGCUUGUUCAUGUACAUCACUGGUCAUGUUCUGCUGACGGCAAUCAGCAUUGACAGGUUUGUGUCUGUCUUCUUCCCAGUUUGGCAUCGAUGCCAUAGGCCAGGAUACCUGUCUCACACUGUGUGUGCCCUAAUAUGGGUCAUCUCCUUCCUGCUGUCUGGACUUUGUGUCAUUCAUCUUAUUAAGACAAUGAGAACUUUCAGCAUAGUGCUUAAACCAGUAAGUGUCACCACCCUGGUUUGCUUUCCACUCAUGACUAUCUCCACUCUGAUCCUGUUCAUCCAAGUUUGCUAUAAAACAGAAAAGGCGAAGAGGGGAAAGCUUUCCACAGCCAUCCUGAUUACUCUGUUCUUCUGUAUCCUCUUUUCUUUUCCUUUCAAUGUCAUGUACCUCAUCACUUUUUUUAAGGAUCUACCUGACCAUGUAAUGGCAUAUGGCUUCUUAGGUGCUUGUCUAGACAGUAGUAGUAAACCCAUAGUCUAUUUCCUGGUGGGGAGACAUCAGUUGGGUAAAUUUAGGGAGAGCUUGAAGUUCAGCCUCCAGAGCGUUUUCAAGGAGGAACAAGUGUGCAGAGAUGAAGUAGAAUCCUCUGUGGAAAGUCAGUUAUGAUGCCUCUAUACAAGUCCAAAGGUGCUAUGCGUCUAAUUAUGACGAUGCAGAUUCCGUUACACUUCUGAUUCAAAGAUGUCAGAAAAUCAUGUUUGAGCUACUUUAGUGUUACUGCAGAUUUCACGAUUAGAAAGAUAUAGGGUCAUUUUUAUUUAUUUUAUUUAUUUUUACAUUUAUAUCCCUCUCUUCCUCCAAGGAGCCAAGAGUGGUGUAUAUGGUUAUCUUUAUCCUCACAACAACCCUGUGAAGUAGGUUAGGCUGAAAGAUAUGUGACUGGCAGAUAUGUUACUGCAGAUUUCACGAUUAGAAAGAUAUAGGGUCAUUUUUAUUUAUUUUAUUUAUUUUUACAUUUAUAUCCCUCUCUUCCUCCAAGGAGCCAAGAGUGGUCUAUAUGGUUAUCUUUAUCCUCACAACAACCCUGUGAAGUAGGUUAGGCUGAAAGAUAUGUGACUGGCCCAGUCACCCAGUGAGUUUCAUGGCUGAAUGGGGAUUUGAACUCAGGUCUCCCUGGUCCUAGUCCAACACUCUAACCACUACACCAUACUGUCAGUUCAGAAGACACUUCAUACACAUGCACCAGUACAUGCGAUAAAGACAUGUGAAUGCUGUGAGCAUGCACGUCCAUAUCUGUAUAAACGGGAUGAUAUCCUAACUAAGAAAGCAUGCACUGGGAAGACAUCCCUGUGCUGCAGAGAACUCUCUUAGCUGUGCAGUGUGAAGGGUGAGGAGCAAUUUUCUCCAAUCUCUGCAAUUUUUGGUUGUGUGGGUGCAAGG